AUGAGGGCAGCAGUGGUUGGCUGAGCCAAGCUCAAAAUUUUCAAAUGGAAGCAGGUGCUCCUUGGAAACGAAGACUGUGAAGGUGAAGAUUUGCAGCCUUGAGAAGGGAUUGAAGAUGAUGACGGUGCAUUCUCAGUUGAUUUCAACACUGUGAGGGUACAACAAGGAGGAAGACAUAUUGGUGCUCGCUGAAGAAAGGAUGAGAGGAGGCUUGAAUGGAGCUUAAACACAAACAUAGAUCUGUUUGGCCAAACAGCCACUUUUCUCUCUGCAAAUCAUGCGUCCUGUCAGAAAGCCCCUGUGUUGCCUUUUGCUUGUCACGCUGCCGCUGGGAAUUUUCUUCCUUUGCCUCUGGUCGCUGAAGCCUUACCGUGUUGUCGAUGUGCAGUACCGAUUUCCUGGGAUUUCCGAGAACCUUCUGGAACGUGGACUUUGGGAACCUUCUGACAAAUAUGCCCACAUAUCCUACAGAGUGAAAGAGAUUGUGGCUGGGCUUCUUCCAAAGAAUGGCUGCCAAUGUGAGAAAGAGGAACCCAUGAUAAAUCUACCCUUUACCAAGCACCUUUUCCGUCAGGUUUCUGUCCAACAGUUUGGGCAGGUCUUCAAAGACGACGAACGGGAGGAUUUGAAGAAAAGGAGGGAACAGGAGUAUCAGCAUUUUCUACAAAGGUCACAGUCCUCUGCCGAUGUCAUGAUCAUCGCCAAAGCCAACACUCCUCUGGAAUAUCCCACACAGGGUCUGCAUGUGCGACCCCUAAAAACCAUCAUGAUCCCAGGUUUAAGUUUACAAGCUCCAUCUAGGAAACUGUAUCGGGUCAACCUGACGGCGACGUUGGGAACCUUCGAUGUAGCUGCUGAGGUUGAUGAGGUGACGAUCAAAGGUGAAGGGGCGAUGCACAUGUCUCUGUCGAGCUCUCAACUGGACAACCUGAACCGUCAACUGCAGUUUGUCACCUACAGCAACACCGUCUUCAACCCCAACACAGCCGACACAGUGCAGCUCGAGACAGAUGGACACCAGGCUUUUUUUGUCAUCAAAAUCCGGCAUGCCACCAUCCCAAAACUAUACAGCUCUGAAGACCAGCCAGGCUAUAACAUCAGUGCCUUGGUGACUAUAGCAACCAAAACAUUUCUGAGGUAUGACAAGCUGAGGGAGCUGAUCUCGAGCGUUAGGAAAUAUUACCCCAAUGUCACCAUUGUCAUCGCGGAUGACAGCGACAAACCACAAAAGAUUGAAGGAGACUUCAUUGAGCAGUACUUCAUGCCAUUUGGGAAGGGUUGGUUUGCUGGGCGGAAUUUGGCUAUUUCCCAAGUCACAACAAAAUAUUUGCUCUGGGUCGAUGAUGACUUCAUUUUUACUGCAAACACUAAGAUCGAAAAGCUGGUGACCAUUCUAGAGAAGACAACACUGGACUUGGUUGGAGGGGCGGUGCGAGAGAAAACAGGGUUUGCCACCACUUUCCGCCACCAAAUCAGUGUGGAGCAGGGAGGACAGGAGGGCGACUGCUUGCACACCCGCAUGGGCCACUACCAUGUCCUGCAGGGCUUUCCGAACUGCGUGGUGACAGACGGCGUAGUCAAUUUCUUCCUGGCCCGCACAGACAAGGUGCAACAGGUGGGCUUUGACCCUCGGCUGACUCGGGUAGCGCAUUCAGAGUUUUUUAUCGAUGGACUGGGCAUUCUCCAUGUUGGCUCUUGCGAUGAUGUCACUGUGGACCAUGCCACCAAGAUCAAACUGCCCUGGAGCAGUGUUGAUGAAAGUGAGAAAACCUACAAAGAAUUCCGGUACCCCAAGUCAUCCGAGGCAAACAUCCAGCUGAAACACAGGCUGUUUUACUUGAAAAACAGAUUUAAAUGUAUGGUAAAGGACUAAAGGAGCUGGCAACAAGGGAGAAAAGAAAAAAACUUCAAAACAAAUCUUUAAUGACAUGCCCAAAGCAGAGAGAGAUGGGAACUCAUCACAAAUUGAACACAACAUAUUAAUGUGUAGGAUUAGGGCCUGAAUUUCACAUAACAGUAGGAACUGCUACUCAUUCCAUCAUGUCAUUGGAGAACUCUCAGACUAGCUGGGUGUUUAGAAUGUAAAAUGAUUUAUCUAUGAAGGCUGCUAAAAGGAAAAUGCAAUUCCAGAACAGACAACUGAGAAAUCUCCCUUAAAUGGCUGAAUUGUAAAAGUGUUUGCGUCCCAAGUACCUUUCUGACUUUCAAGACUGAGAAUUGCCUGUGAAGAGUAAUUUUCUGCAAUCACUCUGUUACCUCAAACAAGACCCUACCUGUACCCAAUACAGCUGCAGUAUGAGUCUGCCUCCCUUUUUGAAAUGCAACCACAGAGCUGGUUCGAAUAAUCCUGAUGCAGCUACAGUUGAUUAAUGAUCUCAUUGUCCUUUCAUCUGAUUCAGUGUCUCGCUGAUUAAUACCAAUUGGUCCUGUAAUCAAAGGUUCAAAAUCCUGUAAUAACUGGCUAAAGUACUGAGUCAAAAAACAAACUGUUGCCUCCCUCAGAUUAAUCUCCCCAAAGGCAGAUGAUCUCAAAGCUUGGGUGUAUUUUGAAAGGCAUGACUUGGUUUGCUGCACCAACCCCCUCCUUCCCAACCCCCGACACCCCAUUGCAAAAUUGGUUCCUCUUGAGACAGGACUGUGUGGGUGCCUAUUAGUUGCUUAACACAACCUUGGACUCUAAUUGCACAUCCCGCUUUGAAAAAUAUGAGUCAGCCACCGGGCCCUUUGUAGUGUGUAAGGAGGCCCUGUUGCAGUUUGAAUUGAACGCCUGAUGCAUCUUCUUCAAGGCCAGUUGACGGGGUACAGCUGGCAUUUUUGACAUUGGAACAAACGCUCGCCCGCCUGGCCCAGCGCCACACACCCUUGGUGGGCUUGUUCACCCAUGUUUGAUGUUUGAAUUCAGUUUCCUAAGCAUUAUACCUUGCCUCCAAUAUAUGUCAAGACAGCUCCAUCUUUAAUCUUCAGUUGAGGAAGGAAGUUUCAGUCUUUUCCUUUCAGCCUUUCGCUAGUUUGUUGUGACAUUUAUUCCCCUCUUCCAGCUCCUCCACGUGGGGCAUGGGAUAGGGUGGAGAUAGCUUCAGGAGUUUCCAAAGUGGACACAAAACAUGAGCUCAGUUUCUCUUGCUGCAGAGCCAGCCUGCUGUCCUGAGCCAAGUCCCUCUAGCACCUUCUGUUUUGAUUUCACAUUACAGUUGGGACCAUGCGACAACAACAGCCUGCAUUUAUGCAGCGCCUCUGUGAGUGUCCUGAGGAGCUUCACAGGAGUGCUAUUAGGAAACCAAGCCAUGUAAGUGUACAGCGGGGGAGAGGCUUGGUUAAAGAAAGGGGGCUGGACGGAGGAGAGAGAGAGGGGUUUGUUUGGAAUCCUAGCGCUUAGGGCCUAAGCAACUGAAGGCAUGACCACCAGUGGUGGGACCAUUUCAAUGAGGCGUCCUCAAGAAGCCAGAAUUAAAAGAGGGGAUUGUGGAGCUGGUGAAGGUGCCCACAUUAGGUCAUGGCGGGGUUUGCAAAUCUGGAUUAAAGCUACAUUUUGCAGGCUCCUAUAUUGUCAGUGUUGUGGGUUAUUCUCCUGACAUAAAUCACAGGAGGACCGAAGGAUGCAGGUUAACUUUGUGUUUAAUUUAAACAGUCUUAGUCUCAGACUUGCUAAACAGAAUUUUGUCUACUAAGCUAUCCUGGCUCUGUCCCAUGACUGUGUGGCACAGCUGUCCAAUUUCAGUCCCGCACCUCUCUUAUAUGUACAGAAAAUCAUCAAGGUUUAUAGACAUGUAUUGUUUACUGUUCAUUCUUGUCAAACAAACAGAAAUCUUCUGUUCUAGGCCUUGAGAUGCUCAAGGCUAAUGCUUGCAGAAAUGUGCCUUACAGUACUUAUAAAGUCACACCAUACUCUUCUAAUGUCUUUUUAGAAAACCCUGUUUAAUUCACCUGGUUUGGCCUUUGGCCAUGUCCGAGGUGGUCACUUUUAGUGACAGUGAAGUUUCCCAAUAUGCUCCAUCUGACCUAGUGAGCCUUCAGUUUAGGCCCUUUGUCCACUGGAGAAACUCAGCGGGUCUGGCAGCAUCUGUGAAGAGAGAAACAGAAUUAAUGUUUCAAGUCCAUUAUGAAGUUUUUUUCAGAACUACAUUCUGAACCUCACUCUGAAGAUGAGUCAUAUCAAACUUGAAAUGUUUACUCUGUUUCCACUCUCCAAAGAUGCUGCCAGACCUGUUGAGUUUCUCCUGCAUUCUCUGUGUGUUUGUUUCUAUAUUCUGAUCUCCUAAACCAAGGUCACCUUGAACUACUGUACCAGUGCCAGCCUUGAUCAUCAGUGCUACCCCUCCACCUCUACGUAGCUUUCUAUUCAUCUUGAAUGUCAUGUACCCCUCAUUAUUCAGAACCCAAUCAAUGUCCCCUUAACACCAUGUCUCUGUAAUGACUAUCAGAUCAUGUUUAUUUCAAUGUGUGCUAUCAGUCCUUUGUUUUGUAAUCAAUGCUUUUCACAUUCA